AAAGCGCUUAAUGAAUUUUACAGAGCAGCCUGAAAGUAUGCAACACGAAGAAUCGAAAAGCAACACGUCAAGAACAAUGACGAGCUGGGAUGGCAGCAACGAUUCGCUGACAGCAUCCACAGCAUCGCUACAGCAACAACGAAGUGAAACAACACCACGAGCUGGACCAGGACUUUUGCUAUUUCCCGGUACCGCUCAAAGGCAUCAUGAGAAUCAGGCAUCGAGGCACCAGAAAGCGAAUACGACAACACUAAAUGCGAAUGCAAAUGCGAAUGCGAAGGAGAACGAAGUGCUCAUUAAUCAACGGAAACCGUAUAGCAUUCGCAGCUUUCGUCGUCCACCGCUUUGGCAGCCCCCGCCGGCCAAGCAAACAAAGGAGGCAGAAACACCGCAGGACUGCAUUGAGAAUACAGCUUACAUAGCAAAAGCGCAGGCAUUCAUAAUCGAGUUUCUGCAAGGCUCGUCCAUACACGGUUUCAUCUAUCUGGCGAAAUUCGGGCUCAACUUUUUGGAGCGCAUGCUCUGGUUUGCAUUCAUAUGCGUUGCCCUCUUCAGCAUCAUCUCGCUGAGCCAACGCACUUGGCAGCGUUUCCAGACCUCGCCCAUGGUCAUCUCCAUGGAUCGCAACAAACUUGUGUGGAACACCAGCUUUCCAUCGCUGACCGUCUGUCCGCAUAAGCGCAUUGAUGAACUCAAAGUGGAUGACUAUAUACUUGCACACAUCGAGGAGUUCGAGGAUGACGAGGAUAAGGACAAUUUCCGGGACUUUAUUGAGAAACUUGCCAGUCUCACAUAUGACAAUUUGGAAACUCUGCCGCUGAACAAGUCGUAUGGCAUCGAUAGCAGCAAUUACUUGGAUAUACUCUAUGAACUGAAAUGGCCCUUCGAACCGGAAAUCAGCAGCGGCGCCGCCGUCAAAAUGUUCAUCUACGAGACACAAACGGAGUUUGGCAUUUGCCACUCGGUCAAUUCUCUGGUGGCGAGAUACAACUCUUUUCAAUAUUGGCGUGCUAACGACUGGAAUCUGCUGGAUCAUGGGGAUCGAGUGACUGUUCAUCCGCUGGAUGGCGAGAUCUAUGCGCAGAUUAUUAAUCUAUCCACUGCUUACGAUGUCUACUUUCAUGGACCUGGCGAUGUGCCCAGCAUAUCGAAGCAACGUUACACUUUUCCCGAGAGCGAUUACACAACCGUGGAACUAAUUGCUCUCGAAAUCUAUACGAAUGAGGAGGCGAGAGCGUUCACCACGAAGCAGCGCAAGUGCCGCUUUCAAUACGAGGCCGACGAUAUGCAGACGGUUCCCAUUUAUAGCUUUGGUCUCUGCCUCUCCGAGUGCCGAAUGUUCUUUGCACUUCGCAUCUGCGGUUGUAUUCCGCACUUUUAUCGCAAUCUCUUACGCAGUGGUCGUCGCUUGCCGGUCUGUGGUCUGGAAGGCAUCGGUUGCUUGGUCAAAAUUAAACGCGAAAUUAUAUCCUUAAAGUCGGACAAAUAUAAAAUCAAUUGCAAUUGCUUGAGCAACUGUGAUGACUCCAACUUCUUUGUACAAUCCUAUAGGUCGCGCGUCUGGUUCCUGGGCGCUAAUCUACAAUGGGGCAUUAUUGAUUAUCCCAAAAUGCAGCUGCGUCGCGAUGUGCUCUUCUCCUUCGCCGACGUCUUGGUUUAUAUUGGCGGUCUGGUUGGUUUCUUCCUCGGUUGCAGUGCGCUCAGCUUUACAGAGAUUAUAUAUUAUUUUACAGCACGUCUGGUGCGUCGCAUGUUCUCCAAUUAAAUGUUACUACAAUUCAAAACUCGCAUCGCAAAUAAAAUGAAAACAUUGUUUAUUGGCCUCACUCACAUCAGCAGCGUGUUCAAUCAAUAAUAAUAAAAUAAAUUUCUGCAGAGUUGGCAAAAAUCAUUCAGGGACAGCACAAACACAAUACAAUUCAAUGGUAGAUAGAACCCUCCCCCCUUGGAUCUGCUGCUGCUUGGCAUUUCAAUGAACUGUUUUGUCUCUGCGUCCUGUCAUCGGGUCAGAGGUCUCGAGUCUCAGGUCUGACGUCUAUCGUCUGUCGUCUGGCCAUUCAUUCAGCUAGCAGAUUCCUCGACAAAUUAGGCGCAUUUUUGUAUUUCUGCAAACCUUGUCGAUUUUUAUUAGGGGCUCGUGAACAACAACAACAACUCGAAUUUAUUAUUUG